AUGUCACAAAAGCUUCCAACACCUUCGGCAAUUCCUCUCGCCGCAUUCCGUGAGGCGCUCAGGCUAUACCCCUCACUGGUCGAGAACGUGUACAGAUCCAAGUUGAAGAACGACAACAAGAAAGUCACUGAGGCGUUGAAGCGCGAUCGCUGGAGGUUCGACGAGCUGCCCGCCGCUGUUGCUGCUGCUGCUGCGGCCGAGCCCGUCUCUAGCGGUGCUGAUGUUGAUGGUGAAGUUGCGUCAGCGUCCAAGAAGGACAAGAGUAAGACGAAGCAGGUGAAGACGAAGAAGAAUGGAUCUUCCGGUACGCAAGGUGGCGGCGGCGGCGGCGGAGGGCUGACGAAAGAUGAUGUUGAGAGGUUGGUGCAGUGGAAGAUGUGA